UAUAUUUUCUGAAUUAGUUGUGCAGGUUCCACUUUGAAUUGUGGUUGAGUCCAAUUGCCCAACUAACAUGUAUUAUGCAUAUUUCUAUAGAUAGCUAUCUUGUAUGAUUUUUUUUUUUUUCACUUUCAAUUGCAAGGGUAUUACUUAGCUUCAUGAACUCUGUAAUUAAGGUGAUUAACAAAAUUUUAGUCUAUCAGCCAACAUAGUUCUAAAACUUGCCAUGUCAGUCUAACUCAGUCGAAUUUUGGAUCACCAUUAGUACUCGAUAACCAAUUUAAAUGGGAAAAUUUAAAGGGUUAUUCUUGAAAUUCCUUUUGGAGGGAAAAAAGAUCAUGCUGUCCUCAGUUGGGAUCAGAGAUAUAAGAUUGCUAUCAAUGUAGCUGAGGCACUUGAUUAUCUACAUAGCCGUAGUGCUUAGUCUGUUAUCCAUAGGGAUGUGAAAUCAUUGAACCUCCUUCUGGUUGAUGAUUUUGAGCCACAGAAUACAAAUGACCAUAUCGCUUGGGACUAGGAGUGAUGAAGUGCAAGUGCAAAAUGCAGUACCCCUGUAUGUUCUGUUGGCAAAACCUGUUUCUGAUAUUACAGUUUCAGAGCAUUCUGCAGUUUAUCAGCUCAGGAGGACAUGCAUUCUGAAAGCUUUCUCUGAGUUUGGGAGUGGAGAUAAAAAAGAAGCCACCUUUGUUAUUCCUGAGCUUAGGAAGUUGUCAGCUGAUGGCAAAGCUGGCAAUCUGACCGUCUUACUUUUUCUUCAGGGGAACUUGCAAUUACUUCUAGUGAAAGUGAUCUACUCAAAGACCAAUUCGAUCUGGCAUCUUUUCCAUCUUCCACUGGAUGUUGACGUUGAAUUCAUCCAUCCAGUGAUUAUGGCCGUUAGCAGAGGAAAGCUUCCACUGCUGAUGACGCACCAGAACUCUUCCAACUACAGCUCCAACAUGUUGGCUGAUUUCUCUGAGAUGGACUAG